AUGCUCGGCUCUGUGCGACGGGCGGGACGGUGGAGCCGUGGGCAGUGGAGGGUGGAGAGAGGAGAUCCUGUCGGGGAGGUGGAGAAUGUUGCUGCUGCUGCUGCUGCUGCUGCUGCUGCUGCUGCUGUUGUUGAGAAUGGAAUUUGUCGAGCGAGAGAAACUGCGAGAGAAGGCUGGAGAGAAGAGAAGCUUGACAAUACGAGACCCGAGCUUGCACACACGCGCGGCUUGUGGUUUGUGGCUGAUAUCCUCACCCAGCCAGGGGAACUGGCGCCCGAUGAGAUGGAAUUACAGGCUUGUUGCAGCUGCCAGCAGCAGUGGCAGACUGGGGCGAUAAUGCAAGUAGUGAAAGUCAGAUUGGGCUGGCUGCUGCACCUCCAUCCCACCUGGCAUCAGUCUGCGUUUCUCGAUCGGGUCCCGAAUCACGAUGCGGGGAAGGGCGCCACGGCGCUCUCCAUAUGGCACUGCCAUCUUGCAUCUUCCAUAUUCCAUCUUCAUCUCCCAUCCUUCUUCCCCUUUCCCUUUGCAUUCCCACGCACCACCGCGGUCGUGACAGACGCCUACCCAGGUACACAUUCACUCUAUACUAGGGCCUGGAGAGUCUUAAACGGCGCCCGACUGUUACCUUGGCCAAGAUUGGCCCAGUACCUCCAGGUUGAAUGCCUCCCUCCAGGUACCCAACAUAUGUUUCAGCAUGCAUCUCUGUCUGGAAAAGGGCACAAGGGGCAGCUAGGAACCAGAUGCUCGGAUUGA